UAAAAUGACGUUGAGAAGUCGGCCAUGUAUCAAACUGAAUCUGUUCUCGUUGUGUUGUGUCGUGUUGAUGAUGGAUCAAAGUUCGAGCCCGAUUUCGCACCACAGUCUAACGUUGAAGCCUUGGGUGUCGUUUUCUGUCUGUUAUUACAGUUGAUGCUUCUUUAAGUUUUAAAUUUGGCAGUCCACCUUUGAGAAAACUCGACCAGGCUUUGUAUCCUGGACUAAUGCCAGCUCUCUGACUGGGGCAUCAAAGCAUCUGAAGAACUCAGUCCAACGACCAAACUGGAGGAGUACGAUAACACAGAAGAAAUAGAAUCCAUCUCCCACCUGCCAGUGGGCUCGAUCUAGGGCAAGAGCAGGAACGUCAUGAUUACUAGCAAUCGACCGGGCUGUAAAUGAAUUCUCCAUAUUUCGACUGAUAUAUUGGAGAGUUUUUGUUCUCCUGCCGUACUUGGAGUACAUCUGAAAUAAUCUCCCAAUGGUUGAAGAUGGCGAGCUCAAAACAUCACGAACGACUGCUUGCUCUCCAUCAUAUGCAUAACAGUCAUGAGGCAGGGGAGGGGUUCAGGGUUUAGCUGCUGCAGCACCACAUCUAGCUGGAGGGCCCAAGCUGAGAGGCAGCGAGCAUGACUGGUGGCAAACACGGAAGUUGCAGCACGCCGAGGAGAGUCUCUCUCUCAUGACCGUGCUGAUUAUCCAAUUUUGCGAUCAGGUGCUGUUUUCCAGAUGUUGGCAGAUCCUUCAUGAUGAUGACUCGGAAGAAAACCCUCGAGCUUUUGCGGAAAUCUCGAGCUUUGUGGUAUAGUUCUUCCGCGACAACAUUCAAUCCUCCCCCUCUACUGCCCCAACGACGAGUCGUCGUCACAGGUUUGGGCCUGGUGACUCCACUCGCAACUGGGGUUCAUGCUAGUUGGGACCGGUUGUUGAAUCUGCAGUCGGGAAUACGGUCCCUCCAGCCGAGAGAUCUAAAGCUUAGUGGAGUCGAGGAUGAUGCUAUCCUUCGCAUCCUUGCACAGUUGCCAUCGCGGGUAGUUGCCACAGUGGCAUACGGCACAGCUGAAGAUCAAUUCAAUGCUGAUAGAUGGUUAGGCCAGGAGACGAGUCGUAUAUCACCAUUCAUCUCUUAUGCUCUUUGCGCCGCGGAGGAAGCUCUAUCAGACGCAGGGUGGAAACCCGAAGAUCCAGAAGAUCGUGAGAGAACUGGUGUUGCCAUCGGAGGUGGCAUUGGGUGUAUCAGUGAGAUGCUGGGAGCGGCCCGGCUUGUGAAAGAAGAGAAACUCAGAAAACUCAGCCCCUUCUUCAUCCCUCGUAUUCUCAUUAACAUGGCAGCAGGACAUGUCAGCAUAUCUCAUGGUUUUAAGGGUCCUAACCAUGCAGCAGUUACAGCUUGCGCGAGUGGGGCUCAUUCGAUAGGAGAUGCCUUUCGGAUGAUACGCUUUGGUGAUGCCGAUGUGAUGGUUGCUGGUGGUUCAGAGUCCAGCAUCGAUGCUUUAUCCAUGGCUGGUUUCUGCAGGGCAAGGGCUCUAAGUUCAAAAUUCAACGAUGAUCCACAAAGAUCUUCGAGACCGUUCGAUCGAGAUCGUGAUGGAUUCGUAAUGGGUGAAGGAGCUGGAAUUUUAGUACUAGAGGAGCUCGAUCAUGCCCAACAGAGAGGAGCGAAAAUCUAUGCCGAGGUGCGGGGUUAUGGCAUGUCGGGGGAUGCUUAUCACAUAACGCAGCCGUCCGGUGAUGGUAGAGGGGCGAUUUUAGCGAUGACCAGAGCUCUUCAACAGUCAGGGUUGCAGCCUUAUGAAAUAGACUACAUCAAUGCUCAUGCCACAUCAACGCCCUUGGGGGAUGCGAUAGAAGCGAAAGCUAUGAAGGCUGUGUUUAAGGAGCAUGCAUCCACCGGAGAGUUAGUGUUUUCUUCAACAAAAGGUGCUACAGGCCAUUUACUGGGAGCAGCAGGAGCAGUGGAGGCAAUAUUUUCAAUCUUAGCACUUCAUCAUGGGGUUGCACCUCCAACACUCAAUUUGAGCGAACCGGAUCCUAUAUUCAGUGACAAUUUCACCCCCCUUACGAGUCCCAAAGAGCUGGGGUUGAGAGCUGUACUUACGAACUCGUUUGGAUUCGGGGGUACCAAUGCAUCUCUAGUAUUUUCUCACAUCUGAUACAUGUGUAGACGGGUUCGAAGUCGAACUUUGCCAUGAACGGGUGGGGAUGGUCAAUCAGCUGCAUAUUUGAAGAAGUCCCUGAAUACCCUGACUAAUCAAGGCAGUACUUGCUUUUGAAUCCAAGAGAAGCUCAAUGCAAUGAAUCAGGUUAAUCUGCAAAAGGGGGGUUUUUGCUAUAAAAUGAGUUAGGCAAUCAACCUCCGCAAACCGCACAGGUUACAGCCUACUCCUUGUGUACACAUGGAAGUUGGUGGGACACAUCAAGGGCCUCUUGCGAUACAGAAAAGAGAUGUGAUUCAGUGGAAAUUCGAAUUCCUAAUAUGUUGACUCGUGAGGUCAGGGAUUGCACAACUUGUUCCCGGACUUCAUACACGAUGAUACAGGGAGCCGGAGGACUGUGGACUAGAUCUCAGCACCUGGGAGAUACCUAGAUCUGGAAUAGCUUUCUCACUACAUCUAAAGACUAGAGAUUUGCUAGGAAGUUCCCACCGAAGUAGUGUAGCCUGUCACGAAUGCUCUCAAGGUCACUGGGGAUUACCGGUCGAAGGAAGCCUCAUUACGGAUUAUCGAUACCGUGAUAGCAUAUUCUUUUCUUGUGCUAGCAAUCUUGCAGAAAGGAAAGAAAGAAAUAGGCGGUCGUAUUUUAAAAGCCUAGAUGUAGGAAAUAUAUGAGAAAACGGGGAGGAAGUUCAGUGUAAUUGGUCAAAGUACGGUCAAGAGACGAUGAAGAAGUUUUUGUGAAGAUCAUGACUGAUAGAUAUGGUGACGAAAGGGAAGAGUUACUUUCUACAAUGCUAAUUUCUCGUCCGUUCCUUGUUUGAGUUCUAGUCCUGGAAUAGAACGAAAACAAUCUAUGUCCUUCACGAAAAUGC